AUGAAGGUUUCUGCCGAGGCCUUCAGAGAUCUGAAGGUGAUUUGCAUCACGGAAGAGGAGAAUGGACUGUCUGAGGACACUAUCGCGUUGACUCGAAGCUUUAUCGUGCGCAUGGUUGAACACAAGGUGGAUGCUUGUGGCAGCAUCUUCAUAUGGGCAGAGCUGGACACGAUGCCCAGGAAACUGUGGGGCAUCCAGCGGAUGCUUUGGAAGAAUCUCUGCCUGUUGGUGUCGCCAGUUGAAGGGAUGAGUGCCGAGCUUCAGCCGUACUUUGCAGUCGAGUGGCCCAAGACGUGCCAGUACUGGACUUGGAAAGACGUUAAGAAGAUGCUUGCGAGCCGCGAGCGUCCUGUGAUCACCAGCUUCGUUGAUGGCUGUGCUGUCGGCAUGAUUGGAGCAGAUGGAGCAUUGAUUCACAAGCGUUGGCGUGUGGACACCGACUUCGAGCCACUUGCUUGCGCGUUGAACAGCAUCCGUUGCACCAAGGACCAUGUUCAUUCCGAGAACUUCAAUCUUCGCGAGACGCAGCACUACCCUGUUGCCUUGUGCGACAAAGUGUUGCAAUCUUUGAAGUGA